CUACAUAGGUGGUUAGUUAUGGGUAUUCGAAAUAAUUUAUCUGAGCGCGUCUUCGCCUUCUAGAACUCAACUAUUACUCAACUAUUAACUAUUCCUAUUUCGCGUCAAUGACAUUCGAUUCUCUUUUUUCUUUUUUGGUUCGGCCUAUGUAACUUAUUUAUAGUUGCUUCAUAGAAUGAUUAUCCAUUUAUACGUCUCUUAGAUCCUCGCAUUCCCGAAUUCCUUGCCACUCACCAAACUCGAACGCCAUAAUGGUUGAAUGUCCAGUCUGUAGCAAACAUGUCCAGACAGCCAAGAUCAACGACCACCUCGAUUCGGGCUGUCAGACUUUCAUAUUUGACCCCUCGACGGUCUCAUCCUCCCCCUUCGUCGCUUCAUCCACCCAGCCCAACGGUUCUAUAUCCUCGCAGAAACGGCCCGCGUCGACCUUCUUCCAAACCCCUUCCGCCAAACGACAUGCCACACCCGCCAAAGUCAACUUGCCCCUCGUCAACGGCAAUGUGGAAGGUGCGAGGUCAAAUGGAAGUCUGAAGCGUUCAUAUGAUGAAGGGCCUGGAGAGGUGCCACCUGUACACAAUGAUAGCAACAAGAUGGAGGAGGAUGUGACACCAGUAGAGACAGGCCCGAUGCUGAAAAGAAACAAGACCAAUAGGGCAGCACCCCUUGCUGAGCGCAUGCGACCACGAAACUUCGACGACGUCUUUGGGCAGGAAUUAGUUGGCCCGCAUGGUGUCCUGCGAUCACUAAUCGAGAACGAUCGGGUACCUUCAAUGAUACUAUGGGGCGCAUCAGGUACAGGCAAGACAACCAUUGCGCGCUGCAUAGCAAAUAUGGUGGGCUCCCGGUUUAUUGAGAUGAACGCGACAAGUUCUGGCGUAGCGGAAUGUAAAAAGAUCUUCAACGACGCAGCCAACGAGCUGGGACUCACGGGGCGAAAGACGAUAAUAUUCUGCGACGAGAUACAUCGUUUCUCGAAAUCACAACAGGACGUCUUCCUGAAACCAGUCGAGGCAGGCACUAUAACUCUUAUUGGCGCAACAACCGAGAACCCAAGCUUCAAGAUCGUCAACGCGCUACUUUCGAGGUGUAGGACUUUCACACUCCAAAAGCUGACAACGCAGGACAUUCAACGCGUGUUAGCACGGGCGUUGCAAGCUGAGGUCUCCGCCACUUCUUCGCCCCUCUCCCCUCUCCUCGACGAGGAAUUGAUGAGCUACCUGGCCAACUUUGCCGACGGAGAUGCGCGUACCGCACUGAAUCUUCUGGAACUAGCUUUGUCUUUGUCAAAUAGAGAUGGGAUGACGAAGGAGAUUAUCAAGGAAUCACUUACCAAGACCCUUGUCUAUGAUCGGGCGGGCGACCAACACUACGAUACUAUCUCAGCCUUCCACAAAUCAGUCCGUGGCUCCGACCCGGAUGCCGCACUAUACUACCUAGCGCGUAUGUUGCAAUCAGGGGAAGACCCUCUUUUUGUUGCACGGCGAAUGGUUGUCAUUGCAUCCGAAGAUGUCGGGUUGGCAGAUAACUCGCUGCUAAGCCUAGCGACGUCGACAUAUACCGCAACACAGCAAAUCGGCAUGCCAGAAGCCCGGAUUCCACUAGCUCAUUGCGCCGUGGCUCUCUCGCUCGCGCCAAAAAGCACACGUGCGUACAGGGGACUCAACAACGCCUUCGCGGCCCUGAAGGAACCAGGCGUUGCAGCUUUGCCGGUGCCGGUCCACCUGCGAAAUGCGCCGACGAGGCUGAUGCGAGAGCUGGGGUAUGGCAGGGAGUAUAAAUACAACCCCAAUUACAGGGAUGGGAAGGUCAAGCAGGAUUACCUGCCGGAUUCACUCCUUGGACGUACAUUCUUGGAAGAGCGGGAUUUGGGUACGGAGGUGGACCCGGAUUUGGUUAUGGCGGACGCUUGAGUAGUGCCUAGCCAGCAAAGAAUGGCAUUAAAGGUACUAGGUAUGGACUGUAUAAAAGGGUAGUACGAAACAAAGUACAUUUCAGGGGAAAAGGAUCAUUGAUCUUCAUGGCACGCACGGAUUGCGAAGGCGUUGUGGUCAGGAUAAACCAUGCAUUAAAAAGUGGUAGGCAGGUAGUUUAUAUAACCGCCAUGAAAGCAACUCACUUAGAUAGGAAAGGCAUUGACAGGUUAAAGGAAUCUUAGACAUUUUAGACAUUUGCGGCCUUGAUCGCGGCCUUGAUUUAUAUGAG